GUCUGUUGUGUAAAAUAUAUGGCUCAAUAAAACAGUUGUAAUAAGGGUGCAAAGUUCUGCUGUUGUACAAGUUGUACUGUGCAACGCUACCGUGUCUCUGACAAUGCUUGUAGUAUUAGCUGCAUAUAACUGCAGUUGAUGCAUUAUUUUAAAGGACAGGAGAUAAUAUUUACCGGUUAAUAAACAAUUUUGGAACCUGAGAAGAGGGAUUUGAGUGUCGUCAUGAAUCCAAGCAGUUCACAUAGCUCCUCAGAGCUGAGGAUUGUCCUUUUUGGUCCAAAAAAUGCUGAGAAAAGUUCGGCAGGAAACACUAUCCUGGGCAAAAAGGAGUUUGAUUUGAAGAAGACUUUGCACUGUAUGAAGAUACACAGUGAAAUAGCUGGCACGAAGAUCACUGUGGUUGAUACUCCAGGCUGGUGGGGAAAUUUACCCUUUGUAGAAAAUCCUGAACUGUACAAACAGGAAAUUGUCCUGAGUGUGACUAAAUGUCCUCCAGGACCUCAUGUCCUGCUUCUGGUCUUAAAUGUGGACAUACCAUUUAAACAAAAUGAAAAAGACAUUCUGUGUGAUAAUAUUAGAUGUUUCGGGGAUGAAGUAUGGAGACACACAAUAGUGUUGUUCACCUCUACAGAUCAUUCCGUAGGUAUAACAACACAAGUGUUUGAGAAUGAAUCCCUCCAGUGGCUCAUUGAGAAAUGUGGGAACAGAUAUCAUGUUCUCAAUACUAAAAACGGGGGUGAUGGAUCUCAGGUCACAGAACUGCUUAAGAAAAUACAGGAGAUGGUGGAAGAAAACAGAGGCGGUUAUUAUGAAAUAAACAGAGAGAUUUUGCACCAAGUGGAUGAGAAGAUAAGAGAACAGGAAAAGAGAGCAGAGGAAAGAAGGAUAAAAAAUCAGCAUCUAAAAGACAAGACAAGAACAAGUGCAGGAGAUGAACAUCCACUCUCAGAGCUGAGGAUGGUGCUGCUGGGUUAUAAUGGAUCUGGGAAGAGUUCAGCAGGAAACACCAUCCUGGGCAAACCUGCAUUUGAUCUAAAAAGAUCACUUACAUCUGAAGUACGAGGAGGAGAUGUUGCUGGAAGACACAUCUCUGUGGUUGAUACUCCAGGCCGAAGAAGAAAUUACCACUCAAAAUACACCCCCAGACUCUAUAAAGAUGAGGUUGUGUUGAGUCCGUCUCACUGUCCUCCAGGACCUCACGUCUUUCUGCUGGUCAUACGAGCGGAUGUUUCUUUCACUGAAGUGUACAGAAAGGCAGUAGAGCAACAUGUUGCCUAUCUUGGUGCAAAUGUCUGGGAUCACAUGAUUGUUCUCUUUACCUUUGGUGACUGGUUGAGAGACACAAGCAUUGAGCUGUUCAUUGAGAGUGAAGGAGAAGCUCUUCAGUGGAUAAUAGACAAAUGUGGGAACAGAUAUCAUGUCUUCAACAACAAGAACACAGAUGAUGGCAAUCAAGUGACUGAGCUGUUUGAAAAGAUUGAUAAGAUGGUCACAGGAAACAAAGAAAGCUGUUUUGUGAUAGAUCAUCAGAAUUUACAAGAGGUGAACAACAGAAGGAUAAAAGUAGAGGAAAGAGCAAAACAGAUGCAAGAUGAAGUGCAAAAAAGAAAUGAAUUGAGACAUUCAACAUCAGGAGGUGCUGAACUUUUCGAAAUGAGAUUGGUGUUACUUGGACCACACUAUUCUGGCAAGAGUUCAACUGGGAACACAAUUUUGGGAAGGCAAGCAUUUGACAGAAGAAUAGAAGAGAAUUUAAAAGAAAAUGGGGAAGUGUCCGGAAGGAAUCUCACUGUGGUUUACACACCAGGUUUUGAGAAAGACUACCUUAUUGGAAAAAGACUUGAGGACGCUAAACUUAACAUCUUAAGAAGUGUAACAGAAGAGUCCUCAGGAAUACAUGCUUUCAUUUUAGUCUGGAGUGUUGAGUCUUCCUUUGCUGAGGAAGAGAAGAGUGGACUAGAGAAAAUCAUGGAGCCUCUCUGUGAAAAUGUCUGGAAUCACACGCUGGUUGUGUUUGCUGUUGGAGAUGAACUAGGAGACACUCCCAUAGAGUUAUUCAUAGCAAGUGAAGGUGACGCUCUCCAGGGGCUCAUUGAGAAAUGCGGGAAAAGAUAUCUUGUUCUCAACAAUAAGAACUGGGGUGAUGGAUCUCAGGUCACAGAACUGUUGGAGAAGAUCGAGGAGAUGGUGGCAGGAAACAGGGGAUGUUUUUAUGAACUAGAUAAAGAGACUUUAGAGAGAGUUGAAAGAAUAGCUGCUGUACCCAUUAAAAGAGCACAGAGCAUGGAUAAUCCAGUAAAUCUUGCUGAAGGAUGCAGUCCUUCCUCUGGGAUCAGUUCAGCCUAUUUGUCCCAAGAAACACAUAAAGAGAGGCAUUUCAUGUCAAGUUCAAAAAGGAGCUCUGGAGUGGAGUCUCUUGGCUCUAUUCCUGAGUUUGAUGGAGAACGUGAUUCAGAUAAAGAUACAUGUGCAGUCUAACACUGUCUAAACUUUAUUGUAUGAUUGCUUUUCUAGUUACAGAUUGACACUGGAUGGUGAACAAAUUCCAUUCUGAUUCUAAUAUCAGUUUCCGGGAUUUAAUAAUCUUAUAUCUCUUUCAUUACCUGUGUAGAACUGUACAUGCAGAACAGAGAAGUAACGGAAAUGUAACUUGUGUUCAAUAAUUAGGGUACAAAAGUGUGUCAUGCUCUUUGCAGUAGUAGUUGUAUUAUGUCUAGCUGGUAACAUAACAAUCAAAUCUCAACCAUUUAAAAUACAAAAUUUAUAUUCAUGUAACCAUGCAAUCACAAUUGUCUGAGGAUUCACUGAAUAAGUCUCUGAAUGUGUUUCAACUCAUCUACCAGCGAACUGUGACCAAAUGUCUGAGAACAUAGGAUGCACACAAUUUUAAUUAUUAUUCAGUAUUGAAGAUUGUGUUAUAUCAGUAGGCUACAUGCAUCAUUUGUUGAUGGUGUAUUUUUUAUUAUUAUUAUUGUAGCAUCCUUCUCACCUUCUAAGUCAUUCACUACUUGCUUGAAAAGUUAUUUUUGACAUCAUGCUUUGGUUUUUAAGUAUGCAGUUUAAGCACAACUUUAUAUGUUGAGAAUAUUUUAUUUUUGGCAUUUUAAAAAUGUUUUGGCCUAUAUGUUGCUUAUGUUUUAUAUGUUGUUUAUAUGUAGCCUACACAAAAUUUCAGUGAAAUGUGAUUUUGGAUCUUA